AUGUCAUUCUCUAACUCGGGCGGCACCUUGGCUCUGCCAUCGCCCACUCACGCCCAUCAGAUCGAUGUUUCUUCUGCUGUUCGCACCCUCCGUCGCUCUUUGUCGCGAUCUCCCUCCAAAUUUCUCUCCCGCACAAGUUCACAGAGCUCCGAUCACUCGCUGCCAGCUUCUCCCAGAACUCCCUCUAGGCGCUUUGUGCUCACUCCCAAACAUCAACAUCGCCUUGUUUCUGCGCAUCCUCAGUCUGCGCCUCCCGCUCCUGCACCUGUGCAAUCUACAACGCCCUUGCAGUCGCCCGUCUUGACCCCUCUUCGCCCUAGCGUCCGCUUGUCGCUGCGCAGUGCAAAGGCUGCGAAAACGCUUUCGCCCGCCCGCCAGCUGGCACGCCGCGCCUCACCCAAGAGUCCGAUCAAACGCAGCCUCAACACCACCUCAGAUACCAUCAACUACGCGCGUCCCGCAACAUCGGCAUCCCCUCGAACCCGAUUUUCCCCCGGCCAGGAAAACACACGUGCAAGCGCCGCAAUUCUCAAGACUAUAGACAAGAAACCUUCGCGCCAUAGUCUGCAUCUCGACGUUUCUGGGUCCUCCCAGACCGCGUUUCUGAAAGCUCUGGAUCUGACCCCAGAACACAUGAUCUCGACCACUGGCUCUCUGAAGCGCAGUGAUGCGACCAUGAAUCUCGACCAUCCCAGUCAAGGCAGCCCCGUGGCCAAGCGCCGCAGCAUGCACGGCAUCGCCACGUUUGGCAGCCCCGAAAGCUUCAGCAUUUUUGGCAGCAACACUACCUCGUCUCAGAGUUUUGACAUUCACGAGGACUCUCAUCCUGAAUACGAGCUCUCAGCCAUGCCUGUCGCUUUCCACGGCGAUGCUCUCGCCUCCCCCUCUCCCUCAGCUUCCGUUCCUAAGCGCUCUUCUUCUCUCCGGAAGUCAACACUGCAGCAGCGUUCCCUAGGCAGACGCACUGGUGAACGCCAGCUUGCCCAAAUAUCUUCCGAUCUCUCGACUCCUGGUAGAAGCAGGCCACGACUAUCUACCGACCACUUUGUCCCCCCGCUGGUGCCCAGAGACAGUCCAUUUUCCAAUGUGUCUCCUCUACCAAAUGCUUCCAUCCACCCCAUGGAAAGCAAAUCGCACCAACCUCACCCUCUUUCCAAGACUCUUACCACUUCCUCUUCCGGCAACAGCUUGACUGAGCAAGAGCCUGCCCUCUACGCACCGGUCAAGCCAACCUUUGAACGACCUCGGCCGCAUCCGUUCUCGCGCUCACUCCCUCUAAACGCCACUCGUCCUACCGCGCGUCCUACGCAUGACCACACAAAAGUUGUUGCGACGCCCAACCAUUCGAAUCUCUGGGUUGGCGCAUUCAACUCGACAGGCUUAAUUUCCAAGGUGAACCGCAACCCCGAGGAGGAGGCGGACAAGAAGUUCGCCCCGCCUGACACGCCUUGUAAAAAGCACAGCAAUCCGUUUGCCACCUUUCCCCCCCAAGCAGGCAGCGGCCUGAGGAAGAGGGGUAACAGCCGAGGCUCCUUUGCUGGCAUGCCGUCAACUCCAUUUUCGGCUGCACCUAUCCGUGCCCCCGACACAUUUGGCAAUGUCGCCAAGGGCAUGACCAUUUUCCAGCGCGGUCCUUCCGGGCUUGGCGCUCGUCGAGGAAGCGUCCUCAGCCUUGAUGGCGAGGAUCGCACCCUUUUUGGCGAAAACACCGAUCUGACAACCAGCUUGGACGCCGAUGUUCCUCCAACACCCACCAAGAACAGCUUGACUCCCAGCCUGAGCAACCUGAGCGAGCAGUCCUUGGAGAGUCCAAGCGCAAACCGAACCUUUGCGCUACCUCCACUCUCUGCUGUGAAGCAUAUGCCUCCGAGGUCCUUAACGGCGUCUCCUAUUGAGAGACAGCGUACUCCUCAGACCCCACAUGAGGGCAUGCUGCCGCUUGACACAAGUCGCCUCUCCCUCUCGCAGUUCAACGAGGCUACUGAAAGCUCCAUGCCACCUCCAGUCACACCUACCGCUGGCAGAGACUUCCGCUCGUCUACCAGCAUCUUUGUCACUCCUGUCAAUGACCGCACUAGCGAUCUUGACAUUGAUGCAAGCCUGUAUUCAAAGUUUGACAAGGUUGAACAGGUGGGCAAAGGCGAAUUCUCUACCGUUUAUCGCGUCACCAAGUCGAACCAGACUCUAUUCUCCGAGUCUCUAUGCAUGACUCCAGUUCGAAAGAUUGGCCAAAGCCCGACGAUGAGCCAAGUGUAUGCGGUAAAGAAGAGCAGACAUCCUUAUCACGGCCCCAAGGAUCGUGAGAUCAAGCUCCGUGAAGCUCGCAUACUUCAAGCUCUGUCCCAUGCUGAACAUGUUGUUCACUACAUUGACGACUGGGAGCACAACCUGCACCUUUACAUCCAGACUGAGUACUGCGAAGAAGGCACUUUGGAAAAGUUCCUGGGCAACGUGGGCCGUGGUGGACGCUUGGACGACUUUCGCAUUUUCAAAAUUCUGCAAGAUCUUUCACUGGGUUUGAAAGAAAUUCACGAUGCUGGCUUCAUGCACUUGGAUAUGAAGCCUGCCAACAUCCUCAUCAACUUUGAAGGGGCUCUGAAAAUUAGUGACUUUGGUCUUGCACAAGCCUGCUCUGCCACAUCUAGCGUGGACACUGAAGGCGACAGGGAGUACAUGGCUCCUGAAAUGCUCAAGGGCCAGGUUGGUCAGCCGGCCGAUGUCUUUUCCCUCGGGCUCAUCACUCUGGAGGUUGCAGCCAACGUCGUGCUUCCGGACAACGGUCCUACUUGGAUAGCUCUUCGAUCUGGAGAUCUUUCUGAAGUUCCCAGCCUCACUUGGAUGCCCUCCAACGAAGUAAAACGAGAUGCCAGCGGCGUUCCGCUUGAAGCUGUGCACAGCAGCGAAGUGCUGGCCAACAAAGACAGCAGAGGCAACGUUCCCGAUGCUUUUAAGAACGCAGAUUUUGGCCAGCAGCCCCCCUUCAUGGUCGACGCAUUUCAUCCCAGCUCUCUCGACUCUAUUGUCCGCUGGAUGACGGCUCAAGAGCCUAGCGACAGACCCCGCAUCGACCAAGUCUUGGAUCUCGAGGGGCUGCAGUGGGUCGCUGAGCAUCGCAAUGCGCCCGCCACCGUCUAUGAAGGAAGCUGGGGUCUCGAAGAUAUGCCCCCAGUAGCCAUUGCUGUCGACAGCGAUACCGAAAUGACGGAUGUCUAA